UGAAAUUAGCAACGCACAGAAACGAUUUUCAUUGCGGUUGUUUUUUUUUGUCAAGAAUUUGUUGUGCAUCGUUUGUUAAUAGUAACGAGAGUGCAAGGAAAAACAAAUUUAAGCUUGGCAGAAACAACGAAAACCGGUGUAGAAUGGUGCCAUAACAGUAGGUGGAAAGUGUUCGAUUUUCUGGUGCUGCUACAGCGACAAUAAAGAAAAAGAAGAAUCCACUGGCUGCAAACGCACAAAAUCGUGGACGAAAAUUAGGAACAUCCAAUGAAUACGAGCUCGAUUACAGCGGCCGCAACUGGUGGUGGCUCGCUGAACGCCUCAAGCACCAUGCAGGAAAUCGAAACAGUCACAAUUAUCAGUGACGAUUCCGACAUCGAAAUGACUGACGUGACUUCAAGGACUAAAGCACGCCUUGGUCCUGGUUCUAAUCAGACAGAUAUCAAGGAUAACGACGAAAAUACGGAAGGACGUCGGAUUAGUCGACGCAAAAAACCGAAAGUUGAAUAUUCCGACACCAAACCAACAAAUUCAACCGAUAGCACAACGGAUAGGAAACAGGAUACAAAGAUAGAGCCGAAGGUUAAAAAACGAGAUCCCGAUCUAACGAUUAAGGAUGAAAAAGGAGAAACCGAACCGAAUCCACAUAGGGAAAUUUUGACGGGCUUAGAGGGAGCCGCUUUUCAAUCUCGAUUGCCUUUCGAAAAAAUGACUGCUUCGGAGGCUGUUUGCUUUCCUGAAAUUACUAAACAUGGAUUGGUGGCUCAACGUGUGUUUCUCAAUGUCCGUAACAGAAUUUUACAAAUGUGGAUUGAAAAUCCAACCAUUCAGUUAACCAUAGAGAAUACUCUAAAAAAUAUGGAACAGCCAUUCGAUAGUGACCCUAAUCUAGUACGAAAAGUGCAUGCGUUUCUGGAACGUCAUGGGUUUAUAAAUUUUGGCAUUUUCAAACGGCUCAAGCCACUGCCUAGUAAAAAACUAGCUAAAGUAAUAGUCAUUGGAGCAGGGAUUUCGGGUCUUGCGGCUGCUCAACAACUGCAACAGUUUGGAUUUGAUGUAAUCGUGCUGGAGGCAAGGGACCGGGUUGGAGGUCGAAUAGCAACUUUUCGUAAAAAUUCGUACACAGCCGAUCUGGGAGCUAUGGUAGUGACGGGUAUUUGGGGUAAUCCCAUUACGAUUCUCAGUAAACAAACGGGAAUGGAAAUGGCCCCAAUAAAAACUGCUUGUCCUCUUUACGGAGCAGGAGGGAAACCCGUUCCUAAACAUAAGGACGACAUGGUCGAGCGCGAAUUCAACCGCCUGUUGGAAGCAACAAGCUACCUCUCCCAUCAGCUGGAUUUCAACUAUGCCGGAAACCACCCUGUUUCGUUAGGCCAGGCAUUAGAAUGGAUUAUAAAACUACAGGAAAAACACGUUAAAGAAAAACAAGUCCAACACUUGAACAACAUAAUUUCAUGGCAACGAAAACUGAUUGAUAACCAAAAUCAUAUCAAGGACAUCGUAGAUCGCAUUCGGGAUUUACGCGCUAAGCACAAGAAGUUACUAGAAACAAAACCGCCGAAACCAAGCGAAAUUGACACCAAGUACAUUGAACAUGAGUUCAGUAUAAGGGUAACAGUUCGCGAAGAGCAACUAGCAUGGAAAGAGAUGGAACGACUGCGCACUAACCAGGAUGAAAUAGAAAGCAAGCUGAAAGAUUUAGAAAACGAGCAAGUUAGUGAGGUUUAUCUUUCCUCUAAAGACAGACAGAUCCUUGAUUGGCACUUUGCCAAUCUGGAAUUCGCCAACGCAACUCCAUUAAGUAAUCUCUCGCUUAAGCACUGGGAUCAGGAUGAUGAUUUUGAAUUCAUUGGCAAUCAUACAACUGUUAGAAAUGGUUACUCUUGUGUUCCUAUUGCACUAACGGAAGGUUUGGAUGUGCGAGUUAACACAGCUGUUAAGAGAAUCAAAUAUUUCCCGGGAGGGGUCGAAGUAACGGCAGAUCUCAAAUCAAACAAUUCCACUGUCCACUACAAGGCCGAUUUGGUGCUAUGCACGUUGACAUUGGGCGUCCUAAAAGUGGCCAUUUCCGAACUAUCGUCCCAAAUAAACACAGUCCGUUUCGACCCGCCACUGCCAGAGUGGAAACAGUCCGCAAUUCAACGGCUUGGCUUUGGUAAUCUCAACAAGGUUGUGCUGUGUUUCGAUCGCAUUUUCUGGGACCCGAAUACCAAUCUGUUCGGUCAUGUCGGAAGCACCACCGCUAGUCGAGGGGAACUGUUUCUGUUCUGGAACAUUUCACAAUCACCAGUUCUGCUAGCGCUGGUCGCCGGUCAGUCAGCUGCCAUAAUGGAAAACGUUUCCGAUGAUGUAAUCGUAGGUCGUUGCAUUGCUGUUUUGAAGGGUAUUUUUGGUAAUUCGGCAGUUCCUCAACCGAAGGAAACCGUAGUUACACGGUGGCGGGCAGAUCCCUGGGCACGCGGUUCGUAUAGCUUUGUUUCAGUGGGAUCAUCUGGCAGCGAUUACGACUUAUUAGCCGCACCCGUUACGCCUCGCUUCGAAGCGAGUAGUGCUGGUGGGGUUAAUGGAACUGCCCACUCCUCAGGCAACGGGCACAAUGACGAUGACGAUAACAAAGCAGACAUUCCACGGUUAUUUUUCGCCGGAGAACACACGAUACGCAAUUAUCCUGCUACGGUGCACGGUGCUCUGCUCAGCGGCCUGCGAGAGGCCGGCCGGAUAGCGGAUUACUAUCUGGGAUUCCCGAACACGUACCCCGAUGCGCCGAAGGAAGAACCGAAGAAGUAGUGUGAGUAGCUUUAGCAUAUUUCAGUACAUAUAAGGAAUAAAUUUUAAAUUAUUAUUGGCUGUCGGUCGAACAAAAAAAAAAUCACUGUGGUGUCCUGCAUUACCACGGUCGGCAUGACGCAAGUCCAAGCCCCUGCGGGAGCUUUAUCGCAAGUGAAUUUGCAGAAAAAAAUUAAAUAAAACUAAAUUUAUUGAGAUUAUAAGGCUACAUUCAGGCAUUUAAUGACAUGUGAGUAAACUAGAUUGCAAAUGA